AUGGAGAUAUACCCAAAAGAUCAGGAAGUCGAGCUCAAGACAGAGCCCGCCGUGCGCGGCGAUCUGACGAGUAGAGUGCUCCCCCAAAUGAAACUCGGGAAUGGCUUUCCUGGCUCUCUUGCGUCCCCGCCGCCACCCCUACCCCGCAACGUUUCUCCGGCCGAACGUGCUGCACUACGCUUCCGCCUCGUCGGCAGCGCCGCUAUUGUGACUGGUGGUGCCGGCGACCUGGGGUAUGCGGCAUCUCGCGCCCUACUCGAGCAUGGGCUUCAAGGUCUGAUGAUUUUUGACAUGAGUUUUCAAGAGGCAGACAACAAAGUCAAGAGUCUCAAAACCGAGUUCCCUGGCACUACAAUUUUGUCUACCAAAGUUGACAUUACCGACGCCGAAGCUGUCGCUAUAGCGGUUUCUGAAACAGCUAAUGUAUUUGGAAGUGUUGACAUCCUGUUGAAUUUUGCGGGGAUAGUCAACUGCCAGCAUGCCAUCGACAUGACAGCCAAUGAGUGGAGUCGCGUCUUGAACGUCAAUGCGACUGGUGGUUUUCUAUGCGCCCAGGCAGUCGCACGCCAAAUGAAAAAGCAGGGCACCGGUGGGAGCAUGGUCUUCGUUGCAAGUAUCUCGGCCCAUCGUGUCAACUAUCCACAGCCACAGGUGUCGUACAACGUAUCAAAAUCUGCUGUCGUGGCCAUGGUCAAAAGUCUAGCUGCCGAAUGGGCGCACCUUGGUAUCAGGGUCAACAGUAUCUCGCCUGGUUAUAUGGAUACGAUUCUUAAUGAAGGAGUCGGCCUGGAUGAUGCCAAAAACAUCUGGCUGAGCCGUAAUCCGAUGCACCGGAUGGGAUACCCGGAAGAACUGACUGGAGCACUCGUACUCCUCGCAAGUCGCGCUGGCAGUUAUAUCAAUGGUACAGAUAUUGUGAUUGACGGCGGGCAGACACUAUUUUGA